GGAGGUACUUCCGUCAUCGCUUGGACAGAAAAUAACUCUUGAUACGAUUGGGUCAGAACAAAAUCGACGGCGAUACUUUAGUUGUUAAACAGCAGGAAAUAAAUGUGACAUCAAAGGUCUUGGAUAGUAUGAGGAUAACGUAAGGUAUCUACGUAUUAAAAUUACGUCAUAAACCAUAGCAAUGGUGUUUAACACUUAUUGAAUCGUCAGUUAGUUUAGUUAAGAAGUGGUGAUGCAUUCAAGUGCACUUCCUAAACUGGUUUGACCACAUCAGAAAAUGGACGACAUAAACCUUCACUACCGCUUCCUGAACUGGAGGCGGCGGAUUCGGGAGAUUCGAGAAGUCCGAGCCGUGCGGUACCGGGAGCGGUUCAAGAAGAUCCAGAGGAACGGUGACGUGCUGCGAUAUCAUGGGAACUCGGAUGAGGUGGGCUGUUACGUCGCCCCCCGCCCAGUGUCUAAAGGAAACUGCUAUUUUGAGGUGACCAUCAUCGACACGGGGGUGAGGGGGAUGAUCGCCGUGGGCCUGGUGCCCCAGAACUACAAGCUGGAUCAUCAGCCCGGCUGGCUGCCCCAGUCGGUGGCCUACCACGCCGACGACGGCAAGCUCUACAACGGUAACACGGUAGGUCAGCAGUUUGGACCCAAGUGUAACCGUGGCGACAGGAUUGGCUGUGGAAUCUUCAUUGAUCCUCUCAGCGAUGGAAAGAUUACAGUGUUCUUCACCAAGAACGGCAAGGAGGUAGGUAAGGUGGAGGUGGGCCGCCCCCCCGAGGGGCUCUACCCCGCCCUGGGGAUGCACUCGCUGGGGGAGGAGGUGCAGCUGGACCUGCACGCCGAGUGGCGGAGGGAGGACGAGGACGGCAUGAUGAUCGUGGACAGCCACGAGGACGACUGGGGCCGCCUGCACGACGUCACGGCCACCGGCACGCUGCUGGAGUACCGGGGCAAGGGGAAGAGCAUGGUGGACGUGGGUCUGGCCCAGGCCCGCUGGCCCCUGGACACGCAGGCCCACUACUACGAGCUGGAGAUCAUGAGCGGCGGGGAGAAGUGCUACAUCGCCCUGGGGCUGGCGCGCAGGGACUACCCUAAGAACAGACACCCUGGGUGGAGCAGAGGAUCUAUCGCAUACCACGCUGACGACGGCAAGAUGUUCCACGGCAGUGGGGUGGGGGACCCCUUCGGACCCCGCUGCAACCAGGGGGACCUCAUGGGCUGUGGCAUCAUGUUCCCCAGGGACUACAACCAGGAAACAGGCGACGACUCUGAGGACUGGGAGCCGGACACCCAGCCCAAGGACAGCCAGGUGCAGAACGACCUGUACGCCAACAACGAGGAGGACGAGGAGGAGGGGGACGAGGAGGGGGAGGGGGGCCAGAAGGUCACGGUGUUCUUCACGCGGAACGGGAAGCUGGUGGGCCGCAGGGAGGUGGUGCUGCCACCAGGGGGCUUCUACCCCACGGUGGGCAUGAUGAGCACGGGGGAGAAGGUCCGCGUGGAGCUGCACCCCCUCAGCGGCUGACCCCCAGGGACCCACCCGGGCCCCCCCCUCAGCGGCUGACCCCCAGGGACCCACCCGGGCCCCCCCCCCUCAGCGGCUGACCCCCAGGGACCCACCCGGGCCCCCCCCCCCCUCAGCGGCUGACCGGCGAGCCCCCAGGGACCAUACCUGGGCCCCCCCCCCCCUCAGUGGCUGACUAGGGGACCCCCAGGGCCGUCCCUGGGCCUCAGCACUCCUCCAGGAUCCUGCAGCCCCCUGGACCGGGGUCCGGUGGACCCUAGACCAGCCGGACCCCCAAGCUGAGCUCCACGGAGGACCACCGUGCGUUCACUGCCAAGGUUUCUAUCUUCUGUCCCCACUGGGUCCUGGUCGACCAACACUAGCCGGGCCUGGAGCUCAGCGUCCACCUCCAACCAAUCCCCUCUGUGUGAACAAUCAGCAGGCUAACGAGCUCUGCUGUGAUUGGCUGGUUCUGGGGUCUGUCAGUGUGGGAGUGUGGUAGCCAGAUGUUAAGAGAACUGAUCUCGGGUCAGCCCUGAGGGGGAAAGGGCUGCCCUGCAUCAGAGGGGGGUCUCUAUAGUUUACAAAGAUCAUAACACGACACAUGAAUGCUGUUCCAUAACAUAUCUCCAUGUUUUAAAUGUUGCUUGACCGCUAACUCCAAAAUAGUUUACCGAAGGCGACAGAGAAAGGGGAGACACCACUUAUUUUUAUAUUUGGCUCUAAGAGUUGAACAAAAGUAGACCAUAAGAACCAUUUUAGACCUUACGCCACCCUCAUCCUAUUGAAUAAAGAGAUUUGAUAUUUUAAACAUUAUACAGUAUGUUCAAGGGUUUCUGUUUAACUGUCUCCUGCUGCUGGUGACGGGCAUGAACAGGUGAAGCUCCCUGCUGGGAUGGAGUCUGCAGUCCGCAGUAACUCAGUGCUGAGGACAGAGUGGGCAACAUGCUGGCAGUGUUGUAGAGAGGAGCGCGCUGAAUGACAAUCAGUCUGCUGUUUUAUUUAUAUCACUUGAACAACAGCUAGAGCGCCAUCGGGAAAUGUUGGUUGCGUAACUAGAUUCUAGCAAACCUGAACACGGCGACAUUAGACUAGUGAUUCUGCUUGUUAGGGUUUAUGCUUGUUGUUUGGUGUGAAUUCACAGACCGGAAGUCUGUCCUGAAACCACUAGGCUCUGCAGCCUGACGCCGUCCAGACACUCUUCCGGUAGUCUGAAGAACAUUACAGGUUAAAGACCGAUAUGCAUAAUAGCUUGUACUUCAGAAUCGUCUAAGCUGUGCCAGAGUACCCAAUAUAAAUUAUCAAACCAAAACUGCUACUUUAUAUAUUAAUUACUAUUAUACUAUUAAUAUAAUAUAAUUAACAAUUUCCAAAUGUGCCGGGUAUAUUUUGUAUCUGUUAAUGAUGAUAUGCCCCAGACCUCAUGAUAAGUACCCCUGAUGAAUACCCUUAAACCAUCUAGCCCUAUGGUCAAACCCAGUAUCAUUGAACCCAUUCAUCCCUAGGGCCAAACAGAACCAUUACACCCAUAUACUCCUCUGGUCAAACCCAGACCUAUUAAACCCAUCUAGCCCUCUGGUCAAACAGAGUGUCCUCCAGGCUGACUCCCCAUCAGACACCAGGCAGGGACUGGACUGAAUCCCAAAGGUUGUUUUAAAAUGGCCACUUAAGCACUCCCAAUGAGCUCUGAAAAGUAUGUCUGCUUUUCACCUCACCGAGACCCCAUACUCCAUCCUAAAGUGACCAUGGUGCUACAGCACCCUUAUGACCAACAAAACAACCACCACAUGGACUGCGUGGUGAAUUCAGGCUUAAAGAGGACCAUCAUUUACUGGAAGCUGAAAGGCUAUGGGUUCGAUCCCCGGUGUCCCAGCCUGCCUGCUCCUCCAUGACCUUUAUCUGAAUGUCCUGGAGGUCACUAAGCAUCGGAAGAAUACAAAUCGGGAGAGGAAUCGGUCAUAAAGUGUCUGCUAAAUACAAAUCGAAUGAGGAAUUAAAGUGAAAUCGAAAUGAGCCUUACCGCAGGAAAGGAGGAACCGUCAGAAUAUUAGUUAUUAAUGAAGCCGAAGGAAUAUUUGGCUGUUAAAAAAAAAAAAAGGCUUUUCCAAGCAAGUGAUGCAAUAUGCUUUACAUAGUCAGCACUUUAAAAUGCAGAACCUUAACGUUUGGACUUCUAUAGAGCUGAAUAUUAAUGGGCCAAUAUAAAGCUUGUUUAUUUAGGAAAAACAACACUUAUGUCCGUGUUCAGACACGUCAGUGAUGCGGUUUGAAUACUUCUUUGUCUUCUCAUUGUUCCAGUGUGUGCAUGUAUCUUUUCUAUUUAAUAGACUGAUAAUGUUCUAUUUUGAGUACUAAAACGGACGAUGUACAUAACGCAAAGUCCGUUCUGUCUCCUGGGGUUGAAUCUCGGAUCAAUCCUGGUUCUUCAGUCGGAGACUAAAGCGUUCACUGUUUUAAUGCCAAAUCAUUUUUUAAUGUUUGUUCAUAUGUUUAAGUGGCAAAAAAUCAAAAUACAACCAAAAAAUGCCUGAAAUAGUGUUUGAGAACUUGAGGCACAGCCAAUUGCUGCUGGAUCCAAUCCCAAAUGUAUAAGUGUGUCUUGAUUGAGCACAAUGCCUAAUCCCUCCUUACUCCUGAUCGGCACGCAUACACCAAUUCACUGUAAGCUGUGUGAAUGAGUGUCUCAAUGACUCGAUUAAAGGUAAAGGGCUGUAGACUAUUA